AUGAAUCACCCGGGGACACCGUGCACCGUCCCUUGGACACCAUCAAUCACCCGGGGACACCGUGCACCGUCCCGGGGACACCGUGCACCGUCCUGGGGACACCGUGCACCGUCCCGGGGACACCGUGCACCGUCCCGGGGACACCGUGCACCGUCCCGUGGACACCGUCAAUCCCCCGGGGACACCGUGCACCGUCCCGGGGACACCGUGCACCGUCCCGGGGACACCGUGCACCGUCCCGGGGACACCGUGCACCGUCCCGGGGACACCGUGCACCGUCCCGAGGACACCGUGCACCGUCGCGGGGACACCGUGCACCGUCCCGGGGACACCGUGCACCGUCGCGGGGACACCGUGCACCGUCGCGGGGACACCGUGCACCGUCGCGGGGACACCGUGCACCGUCGCGGGGACACCGUGCACCGUCGCGGGGACACCGUGCACCGUCCCGGGGACACCGUGCACCGUCCCGGGGACACCGUGCACCGUCCCGGGGACACCGUGCACCGUCCCGGGGACACCGUGCACCGUCCCGGGGACACCGUGCACCGUCCCGGGGACACCGUGCACCGUCCCGGGGACGCCAUAAAUCACCCGGGGACACCAUAA